AUGAUACACACCAAGGGCUGGCGGAAGCCCCUUGCUAUAUUUGUUUACGCUUGUCUUUCUCUUUCAUCUUUCGUCAAUGGACAGUCCGAUGCCGGAACCACCUACGAUGCUAAAGCCCAGGCAUUCGAAUUCGACCUUGGCGGUGUUGAAUUGUCCCAAGACCGCUUUCUGGACAACCAGGGCCGUACCCUUGCAUAUCUGAAAGAUAUAGACGUCGAAAGAUUGCUUUAUGUCUUCCGGACUACCCACGGACUGUCUACACAGCAGGCAACGCCUAACGGUGGCUGGGAUUCUCCGGAUUUCCCGUUCCGAUCCCAUGUCCAGGGUCAUUUCCUCACUGCCUGGGCUCAAUGCUAUGCUGUCCUCCAAGACCAAACAUGUUAUGAUCGAGCAACCUACUUUGUUGCGGAACUGGCAAAAUGCCAGGCCAACAACGAGGCUGUUGGAUUUACGGGCGGAUACGUUUCUGGCUUCCCAGAAUCAGAGUUCGCAAAACUCGGGAAUGGCACCCUGACAAACGGCAAUGUGCCGUAUUACGCGGUACACAAGACUCUUGCAGGCAUCCUCGAUGUCUGGCGCUUGACAGGCGACAACACCGCCCGAGACGUCUUACUAUCCUUCGCGAGUUGGGUUGACAAUCGCACCAAAUCAUUGAGUUAUGAUGCAAUGCAGAAGAUUCUACAAACGGAAUUCGGCGGUAUGAACGAUGUGCUGGCUGAGAUCUACCACCAAACUGGUGACGAGAAAUGGCUUACCGUUGCCCAACGCUUUGAUCAUGCCGCUGUAUUCGACCCUCUUGCAGCCGGAAAAGAUGAGUUCGACGGUCUACAUGCAAACACUCAAGUACCAAAGUGGAUCGGAGCCGCUCGUGAAUACCGAGCCACUGGAGACUCUCGCUACCUUGAUAUUGCCCGCAACGCCUGGGAAUUUGUUGUCAAGUCACACACCUACGCCAUUGGUGGUAACAGCCAAGCUGAACACUUCCAUGCUCCAAAUGCUAUCGCCGCUUAUCUGACCAACGACACUUGUGAAGCAUGCAAUUCCUACAACAUGCUCAAGCUGACCCGUGAGCUGUGGCUUCUCGAUUCCGAUAACACAACGUAUUUUGAUUUCUACGAAACCUCAUUACUCAACCACCUGCUGGGCCAACAGAACCCUGAUGAUUCUCAUGGGCACAUUACUUACUUCACCCCGCUCAACGCUGGAGGCCGCCGCGGUAUUGGACCCGCCUGGGGUGGCGGUACCUGGAGUACGGACUACGACUCCUUCUGGUGCUGCCAAGGAACGGCACUCGAAACCAACACCAAGUUGAUGGACUCGAUCUACUUCCACGAUGACUCGACGCUGUUUAUCAACUUAUUCAUGUCUUCUGUCCUCAAAUGGCCGGAGAUGGGUGUUACUCUGACACAAUCCACGACUUACCCAAUCGGCGAUACUUCGCAACUGAAAGUCUCUGGUCAGGGUGACUGGACCAUGAAAAUCCGCAUCCCUACAUGGGCAUCAGGGGCAGAGCUGACGCUCAAUGGGGAACCUUUGUCUGAUGUUAAAGCCACACCCGGAACAUACGCUGAAAUCUCGCGCACAUGGGCCGAUGGAGAUGUCGUUGAGUUCCGCUUCCCCAUGAGCCUGCGUACAAUCGCUGCAAAUGAUGACCCGAGUAUGGUGGCAAUUGCGUAUGGACCGACCGUGCUAUGUGGGAAUUACGGCGACCAAACACUGAGUGGCACUCCUACUCUCGCCCUUGACUCUAUCAAACGCUCCAGUGAUUCUGGCCUCGACUUCACCUCCACUGCCGACGGAAAAGACGUUACAUUGAGUGCUUUCUAUGAUGCUCAGGGAUACAACUAUAACGUAUACUGGACUACCACGGGAAAUUUCGACCAGGCGUAG